GUCUCCGUGGCCCUAUUACCUUAUUUAUUGGUCGGAAUUAAUCGCUCAUAUUUAGCAUUUUUAUUUCAUCAGCUGGAAAAACAGGAUUCUUUCAUUAAAAUCGACGAGGAAGACAAAUCUUGGAUAGGUAGGUGAAAUUAAAAUCAUCAGUUAAUAAAGUUGCAUAACUCGUAUAUUUACGGCGACUGUGGCAUUUGAUUUUUCAAUUUUUUCAAAUCAAAUCGUUCGUUUUCAUGACUUGCUUUCAGCUAGUUUCAUUAGUUUACUGAGUCCGUUUGGAUGUAUAAUAUCUGGCUUAUUUAUGGAUAUAUUGGGAAGGAAAUUAUUCAUUCAAAUUAUAUUUGUUCCUUUUAUAUUAUCAUGGCUGCUGAUCACUUUUGCAAAAAGUGUUUCAAUGAUAUACGCUGAGAUAAUGAUUCAAGGCAUUAGUGGAGGAAUGUCUUUCUGCGUGGCUACUUACAUCGCUGAAAUUUGCAUUCCACAUCACAGAGGAGCUUUACUCUCUGUUAUUGAAAUAAUGUACAGUCUUGGAAUACUGCUAUCAAACAUUUUGAUGUAUUAUUUCAAAUGGAAUUUAGUAGCCGCAUUUUUCGUAGCUAUAUCAGUAUUUGGAUUACUGAUGACUGUAUUAUUACCAGAAUCUCCGGUUUGGUUGUAUUCGAAAGGAAAACACGAUAAAUCGAUCGCGGUAUUACGCGAUCUUAGGUGCAAAGAACUUCACGAAUUGGACCCUGAAAUACGUCAGAUGGAAAUAUCGUGUUCCCAGACAUUCAAAACCUGUUCCAAAGAAACGUUUAGAAAUUGUCUCAAAGCUUGGAAACCAUUCGUAAUUUUAUCAACGAUGUUUAUAAUACUUCUAAGUACAGGAUAUCCUAUUAUGCUAGCUUUUACAGUAACCAUCGUCGAUCGUCUAAAUAUUCCUUAUGAAAGUUCCACAAUUGCUGUUUUAUUCGCAGUCAGCAUUUUUACCGGGAGCCUAACAACUCCUUAUUUUAUGCAUACGUUUGGUAGGAAAAUGGUAUUAGCCAUAUCGGGUCUAGGUAUGGCUGUCUCAAUGGUGAUCGUAGCUUUAUAUGAGGAAUUGGCUCAAGAUAAUUCUUGGUCAUGUAUUGUACCUCUGGCCUUAUUCGUGUACAUUUUUGCUUGUAUUAUUGGUGUUUUACCAGUUGGUUUUGUAAUGGGUGGAGAAUUGUUUCCCUUAGAAGUACGAGGUGUUAUGAAUGGUUUGUAUGGGGCGGCAGGAUAUGUAUAUUCGUCCGCUAUGAUGAAAGCUUAUCCGCGUUUUUCAUCACUUUUGGGAAUUAAAUCCAUUUUAUGGAUGUUUGCUGGGUUUAGUUUAUUAGCAGCUUUGUUUGGAAUUUUCAUACUGCCUGAAACAAAAGGGAAAUCUUUGAAUGAGGUACAGGAAAAGUAUUUCAAGAAAAACAAAAAAAGUGACGUAGAAUCCGCCUGACAAAUGUGUGAAAAAAAUUUAUCGAACUUGGAGAGAUAGGAACAGAGAAUGAAAUAAAAUGAAUAGAAUAGGUACAUUUUGUGAACUACGCACCUACCUACGAUCUAAUUUUGUAUGAAAAUUAAAAAAUGAUUGUAUUAUUUUUUUUCAUACAAUUCUUAGUAAGCCUUAUCUACCUACU